AAACCACGCCGUCGAGGAGCUGUCUCUAAAAGCGCCCCGCGCAACUGAAACACAUCGUUCUCGCUCAUAACCAUCCAUCUUGUCGGCUUUCUGCUGUCAUCGGACCAUCUCUGCUUCUUGCACCCACCGCCCGCCUGGCAUACGAGAAGAACAAACGCGGCCGACCUCGCGAGCCAUCCUGAUCCUCGUCGACCUUCUUCGAACUCAGAAGCCCGGAUCCAUACGGCCAGGGAGGAGGUGGCCUUCGACCAUAUGUAUACGGCGAGGAUAAAGCCUCCUGAUAGAGAAUCGGUGAAGCCCUACUAUUAACAUCGACCUCGAACCCAGACAUCGUGAUGUCGUUCCGGCAUCCCCUCCAACAAACACAUACUGCCAGCUACUCUACAACAAAGCGUCAACCUUCAAAUGCAUCCACUGCCUCUACUUCUUACUCAAAUUCUUCCGGCGCAUUCGAGCUGAGCCGCACAAGUACAUUGUCAUCAACAGGAUCAAGUGGAUACGUAGGCCGCAAACGAGGAGCGACCGAAGCAUCACGAAUGUCUCCUUCUGGCUUCGAGAAUGGCAGUGGCUACGGCAGUAAUGAUUCAAGCCCGAACAAUGCAUACAUGAGUGCGCGCCAGUCGCUCCGGCCCCUGCCUCAGCCGCCGAGCCCUUCACCGCCCAGUAGAGACCGGAAUGUAUAUCAACAUACUCGAGGCAAAAGCCUGGACGUUGGCAAGCUGGGGUAUGCGGAUGGAAGCGCUCCGAUUUCGACUUUAACUUCUCGAGCGUCCUCGAUCCGUCCGAAUUCGAUGGUGCUCGGCCGUUCAGACUCGAUCAGCCGGACUGGUCGAAGUUAUACCCUCCAGCAUCAGCAUAGCCCGUUCGCUGCCCCAGACCUUCAAAGCCUGCAAAAGUCGUCAACGAGUCAAUUACGAACUCUCUCGAAAUUUGCCGAAAAUGGCUCUCCAGAUGACUUUGCCAUCACGGCACCCUCCCAAGAAGUGGCUGGUCUCCAUGGCCGGCGCAGAUUGCAACGAAGCGAUCACACAAGGGGUGACCGGAAUACCGUUGCGCAGAAUAGGUCUAAUGGCUAUGGUUGGGAAGGUCGGAAUUGGAUGGACAAGCAGAGACAAUUUCUCCAGGCUUAUGAAUAUCUCUGUCACAUCGGUGAGGCGAAGGAAUGGAUUGAAGAUAUCCUGCAGCGACCAAUACCUCCGAUUGUACAACUAGAGGAAGCUCUGAGGGAUGGUGUCACCUUGGCUGAGAUUGUGGAUUCCUUGUAUCCUGAACGUCGAAUACGAAUCUUCCGACAUCCCAAACUUCAAUUUCGACAUUCCGACAAUAUUGCCACCUUCUUCCGGUUCCUUGCCGAAGUUGAACUUCCUGACCUUUUCCGAUUUGAACUUAUCGACUUAUACGAGAAGAAGAAUAUCCCCAAGGUCAUUUACUGUAUCCAUGCCUUAAGCUGGCUCCUAUUCAGAAAAGGCAUUGUGGGCUUCACGAUUGGCAACCUGCUUGGACAACUUGAAUUCGAACAUCAUGAGUUGGAAGAGAUGCAGAAGGGCUUGGAUAAGGCAGGAGUCAGCAUGCCUAGUUUUGGGAACAUGGGUGCGGAUUUCGGUAUAGAACCUGUCCCCGAACCAGAGCCAGUCGAGACUGAGGAGGAUCGAAUUGCCCGAGAGCUGGGAGAAAAUGAGAUGAUGAUCGUGGACCUACAAGCACGAAUUCGCGGAGCAGUUAUCCGCAUGCAACUGGGAAAUACAAUGCAGCAGUUAUGGGAUUACGAGCAUAUCUACGUCGAAUUACAAUCCAUGAUUCGAGGAGACUUCACUCGGCAGAUAAUGGAGUAUCGUCUUGCCAUGCGCAAAUUCGCCGUGAACCUUCAAAGCAGUGCUCGAGGUUUCUUGGCGAGGCGCAGGCAGUCGAGUAGGGAGACAUUCUGGAAAAGUCGAGAGGGGGACGUGUUAGAGUUACAGAGCCUUAUCAGGGCAAAGAAAGCCCGAGAUGAGGUACGCACGACAAGAUCAGAAUUGCAAUAUUCAGAGCCUGCGGUGAAGGAAUUCCAAGCCAGCCUUCGAGGCUUCCUUGCUCGGAGAAAUCUGGCGGCGCAAGAGAAGGAGACAAGGUCUAUGGCCGGGCCAGUCAAGAGCUUGCAAGCUGCGAUCAGGGGCAUGCUUCUCCGAAGCACUAUUGCCGAGGACCACGAACAUCUCUGGCGUGAAGAAGAAUCGAUCCGCGCUGUUCAGGCUGCAGUCAAGGGUAUGCUUCUCCGGGGCACUGUUGCCAAGGACCGCGAACAUUUCUGGAGUAAAGAAGAAUCGAUCCGCGCUGUUCAGGCUGCAAUCAGGGGUAUGCUUCUCCGGAGUACUGUUGCCAAGGACCACGAAAAUCUCUGGCGUGAAGAAAAAUCGAUCCGCGCUGUUCAGGCGUUCGCACGAGCUAUGUUAACGAGAAACCAACUUUCCAGGCAGAGAGAAGCACUUGAGCAGUCAUCUCCAAUCUGGACGAAACUCCAAGCAGCUUCGAGAGGAAUGCUCCUGCGUAGCAAGGUCCAAUCAACAAGCCAGGAGUUGAAGACACACUCACCAGCUAUUUCCACCCUACAAGCCUUUAUCCGCGCGGCAGCUGUUCGCGGUGAAGUGGCCUCUACUCUUUCAGCCUUGAAGAAAGAGGAGUCGUCGAUAUUAGAAGUCCAGACGCUUGUUAGAGGAAUGCUGUUGCGGCAGAUGGUGGCUGCAGACUACGAGGCGCUUCUCGCACAAUCUUCACAAAUCUCAGAACUUCAAGCUCUGGCGAGAGGAUGUCUCCUGCGACAGCAUACCGAGGCCCUUCUGGACAACCUCCAGUCCCAUACUGCGGAAAUUGUGGAACUUCAAGCAUUAUCACGAGCAGUACUUCUGCGCAACGACAUUGGAAUGCUUCUUGGAGAAUUGGAGGCUGAAGAGGACUCGGUCAUUGCUGUUCAGGCUGCCGCGAAGGCCUUCGUGGUCCGUGCAAGGUUCGCUGAGAAGCAACGUUUCUUCAAGGAGAACAUGGAGAAGGUUGUCAAGCUCCAGAGCUUUGUCCGGGGCAAGCUGCAGGGUGAAGCCUAUAAGAGCUUGACUACUGGAAAGAACCCACCUGUCAACACCGUCAAGAACUUUGUCCACUUGUUAAAUGACAGUGACUUUGAUUUCAACGAGGAAAUAGAGUUUGAGCGUCUGCGCAAAACGGUUGUUCAGCAGGUCCGUCAAAACGAGAUGGCUGAGCAAUACAUUGAUCAGCUGGACAUCAAGAUCGCUCUCCUUGUGAAGAACAAGAUCACUCUCGAUGAAGUUGUGAAGCACCAGAGGAAUUUUGGUGGACAUUCCGGAAAUCUCCUUGUGAAUACAUCCAUGAUUUCGGGCAACCAUUUCGACCUCAAGGCGUUGAACAAAAACUCGAGAAAGAAACUCGAGUUGUAUCAGCAAUUAUUUUUCAGCCUGCAAACCCAACCCCAAUAUCUUGCACGGCUCUUCAAACGAAUACGUGAACAGGGAACGGCAGAGAAGGAUUGCAAGCGAAUCGAAACUCUGAUGAUGGGUCUUUUUGGCUACGCCCAGAAGCGUAGGGAGGAGUAUUACCUCCUCAAGCUUAUUGUUCGAUCGGUGAAGGAGGAGGUUGAUGGUCUGACUUCAGUCCAAGAAUUUCUCCGCGGGAACUUCUUUUGGUGCAAGCUCCUGGCCAACUACACAAGAUCGCCACGCGACAGGAAAUAUCUACGAGAGCUUCUGGGACCUUUGAUCCACACUAACAUCAUCGAAGAUCCAGCUCUUGAUCUCGAAAGUGACCCCAUGCAAAUCUAUCGCUCGGCUAUCAACAACGAAGAACUCCGGACAGGACGACCUAGCCAACGGCCACUCGAUAUCCCUCGGGAGGUUGCCAUCAAAGACUUAGAAACACGGGACUUGUUUAUUGACCAUUUACGUGACCUCCGGGAAAUUGCAGACCAGUUCCUUCUUGCCCUGGAGACCCUCUUGCACAAGAUGCCAUACGGGAUUCGAUUCGUGUGCCAACAGACGUUUCAAUCUCUCUGUGAACAUUUCGCCCGCGAACCCCAAGAACACCUUCUACAGGUUGCCGGGAAUUGGCUCUGGAAAUUCUAUCUCCAACCUGCUUUGACCGCGCCAGAAUCAAUGGGCGUUGUCGAGAAGCAACUGACACCUCUUCAAAAGAGAAACCUAGGAGAAGUCGCCAAGGUCCUCGGCCAAGUUGCAUCAGGUAGGCUGUUCGGCGGCGAGAAUAUUUACCUGCAGCCACUGAACGCUUAUGUCGGACAAGCUAUUGAGCGUAUUUCUCUGAUCUUCUCCAAUAUCAUAUCUGUGGGCGAUGCAGAAAGUACAUUCGACAUCGAUGAAUUUAACGACCUUUAUGCUCGCACAAAGCCCACCCUGUACAUCAAGAUGUCAGACAUCUUCUCAAUCCACAACCUGGUGGCAACAGACCUUCCGUAUAUCUGCCCCAACAGAGACGACGUGCUGCGGGAACUUGUCCAGGAACUUGGAAAUGCGAAGAGUAAUGAAACCGAAAUGUUGGGCGUUACGUCCACCGAAAUCCAAAUGACAUUGACCCCCAAGCUCCACGAUAUCGAGGAUCCCGAAGCAGAAGUCAAAGCGCUCUUCAUGGAAACCAAGCGAUGCAUCCUAUACAUUAUCCGCGUCCAAUCUGGACCUAAUCUCAUGGAUAUUCUUGUCCGCCCUAUCUCCAUGGAAGAUGACCAGAAGUGGCAUGCAUUGCUGCGAGAAGAAUUUGCAGAAGGAAAUAAGUCUCGCGGUGCCUAUUCAGAUGCAAAUACUCUGGUCGAUAUCAAGUCCAUGUCUUACAAGGAACUGAAGGCGACAGCCCUGGAAAACAUUAUGCGGCUGGAACAAAUGGGCAGAAUAUCGCGCCAAAACUUCUAUCAAGAUAUUUUGAAUGCAAUUGCCUUAGAUAUCCGCACCAAGAGUCGCCGACGUGUACAGCGGCAACGUGAGCUCGAAGGAGUCCGACUGACGCUGGGUAAUUUGAAUGAGAAGGCUAAAUGGCUCGAAUCUCAACGCAAGAGCUACGACAACUACAUUGAGCAGGCCAUGAUGACCCUGCAGAAGAAAGGUAAAAAGCGAUUCCUCAUGCCCUUCUCGAAACAAUACAAUCACGAACGUGAACUCGAGCGCUCAGGCCGGAAACCCAAAUUUGGAUCCUUCAAAUACUCGGCACGAACAUUGUCAGACAAAGGUGUCCUCGUCUCAUGGACAGGCUUCACUGAAAGAGAAUGGGACAAGGUCAACCUGACAAUCUCCUGUGACCAAGUCGGCGUAUUCUUCAUCGAAGGCAGCAGAGGAAGCAUCCAGAUUCCAGGGGCUAGUGCCCAAGUCCCUAUGGACUCGUUGUUGGCAGCACAAUUUGCCAACCAUCAGUACAUGGACCUUUUUGAAGGUUCCAUGCGACUAAAUGUUAACUUGCUGUUGCACCUGGUUUAUAAGAAGUUCUACCGAACGGAAUGAUCAAGUUGCGGAUAUUGCCACGAAUGGAUGAGAGAUGAUAGAUGAAGUUGUUAUUAUGUCUCCUUUAGCGUGGGUUGUAUUUGCGUGGCAUGGCUUUGGCGUUGCAUUAAGUUGGACAAGGCGACGGGUAGGUAACUUAUCACGUUAAGAACCGUAGUUUUAUGGUGUAUAUACCUUUCGAUUCGGGUCAGAGCUGGAACUACGGGUAUGGAUAGUGAUACUACUAGAGAUAUUACGAGGAAUUGG